AUGACGACGCCAAAUAAAAGGAAGAAUUAUCCGCCAAUUCCAACGCCAAACAGGGCUAGAGAAUCUCAGCCUCCAACUCCUUCGCGUCGUACACCACGUGGUACGCGUAUUUUACCACCAACUCGCGCUCAACAAACUCCAAUUCGCGUUGAAUCAAACUUCAAUUCAACUUCCGAUCGUGAAACUCCGCGAAACUUACUAAGAAUGCUGACCAAAGCUCCCGGUGUACCAAAACCGUCACCACCAGUCGAAUUACCCGCACAAACUCAACAAACUCCAACUUCACGCCGUCAAUCAACAUCAUUUCGUCAUCCACCUCAAUCUGCUCAAUCCGCUCAAUCCUCACACACCCCUCAGCAAUCUUCUCCUAACAUUCCUCCAACUGUAAGGCGAUCCUCUGCAUACAGAGGUAUUAAGAGAACUUCUAUGCCACCACCGCCAACUCCUCACUCUCUAACUGACUCCCCUGCUUCAAUCGUCACUAUUGAAAGUCCUGUAAGCGUCAAUGAGUAUUGGCAACAACACCGCCCAAUCUCACGCUCACCAUCAAAUACCUCUGCUUUUGACGAUACAGAAGCUCCUGAAUUGGCUCGACGUGAACGUGCUCCAGCCGACUUCAGACUCAGUAUGGUCAAUAGAUCUAGUUUUGGUAUGGGUUUAGGCGCAGAUAUGAAAGAUGACUCUAUCCAGCUAAAUAGUGGUGAUAGCCUGAUGGAUGACCCAUCUUUACAUCUAGAUAACACUUCAACAAGAAAGUCUGCUCAAAUUGAUAAAAGCAGCUUCUUCUAUGGAGAUGAUAAAACUCUGGAAAUAGGUAAUGAGUCGAGCUUGGCUCAAAGACAGCCACCUGUUAUGCUGGAUGAGGUCGAUGGUGAUGACAUAUUGCUCGAUGAUAAUAAUGAAAAUGAGUUGACUGAGCAGAGGAGCAAUAGCACUCAAGAUGAUUUACUGACAAACAGCUCAAAGGAAUCCAUGAGAUCCAAUAGCAGAGAAGAGAGGAGAUCGUCCAUCGAAAGUGCACGGCUUUCGGAAUCUAGACCUCAUUCAACGGAAUAUGAUAGGGAUUCUACCGAAAAAAGCCUCAGUCAACACCCCUCUCAAAGCCCUCAUUCCGAUCAAUCCUUAGAAAGGCAAAAGGUAUCGCCUCAGAGCUCUCGCCCUAAUGAGAGUUUAUCUGACAAGAGUAACUCAAGUUUGCUCAGUAGCAGAAGUAGUAGAGGUAGUAAACGUCCUCGAGAGUCGGACGGGAGUGAAAAUGCUCCUAGUGCUCGCGAUAGAUUCUCACUUCUCAAUCAAAGUCCACAAAAUAGAGACACACAGGAGAGGUCUUCAAUUAUAAAUGAAAGUCCACACGAAAAAGAUAUUCAAGACAGAUCUUCAAUUCUGAAUGAAAGCCAGCGCGAAAGAAUGUCCCAAGAUAGAUCAUCAAUUUUUUAUCAAAGUCCACGUGAAAGAGACACUCAGGAUAGGUCUUCAGCGGCGAUAGAAGAUGAAAAAAACAAUCAGGAUAGCUCACCUGCUAUUGAAGAUGCACAAGAUGAAGAUCCCGAUCAAUUUGGGGAACCCAAACCAAUCGAGGGUGAGGUUCCUUUCGAGAAUGAGAUACCAGCCGAUAAUGAAAGCGAUCGUGGAAGGGGUGAUCAGGACAGAUCAUCAGUCAUGAAUCCUGGCGAGCAGCCAGAAGGCGAGGAUAUAGCCGAAGAGGAGCCUGUAGAAGACCUGGUCGAUAUGCUACCUACGAACGACAUGAUUGAUGCUGAGGUGGCUGAGGGCGGAGAAGAAGCAGACGAUGCAUGGGAGGAAGACGAAGUUAUGCAGCCGGGCGAAGAUCUACCAAAAGAUGACUGGAAUUUAGCCGAGCCAGAAGCCCAAGUUGAAGCUGAUGAUAAUAAUGUCGAGAAGCGUGGUAACGUUGCCGACGACUCUAUGGCUAUAAGGCCACGCUCCAAAUCUGUGGACGAUGAAGCUGAAGCUGACGAAGAAGAUCUAAUUCUUGACCCGCUCUUACGCAAGCAAAAGGAGGAUGAGAAUGAGGAAAACGGCGAAGAUCCUGACGUCACAAUCACACAAUCCAAUUUUAAGGGACAAAGAAACACCGGUAAAUCACGCAGCACAAACGCCAAGGCCAGGGGCGUCAGAAGGCGUUUACCUAACAUCACACAAACGCUGAUAAAGAAACACUUUGAAAGGUUCAUGAAUCAGAAUCGUUCAGGCCCAAAGCUAGCAAUUGAGAAGGGAACGGAGGAGGUGUUGAUGGAGCGGUGCAUGGAGUAUAUCGAGGCGUUGACGGAUGGAGCUGAGCAGAUGGGACGUCCGAAUCGCAUCACUGAGGGUGAUAUGAUGCAAGUAAUGAAAUUACAUGGAUUCAUCUCUGAUAAACAGCCAGUCCAAACGGUUGCACGACGCAUUCUGUCUACAGAAAUGUCAAUUGAAUACGACAAUUGGGCAAUGGAGUGGAGCAGUAGUCUGCGCUAUCAGGACAAAGAGGCGCCAGCGAAGAAGGGUAAAGGGGGUGCUAAACAGGGUAAGAAGUCAAAAAAAUUAAAGCGUAGAGCCGAAUAUGCUGAAGAAGUGGCGGAGGAAGAUGGCAAUGCAGAAUCCGGUGAAUAG